UCACCCUUUAAAGGUUAUAAAUACAUUUAAAUAAUUCUCUAUGGCAUACAUAAAUUUUGAUUGGAAUCAAUAUUAAUGGAAUAGCGUGCGAGAGGAAAAUGCACGACGGAAAUCGGCGACCCGAUCACAGUUUGAAACGGCGCGGAAUUGAGUAAAAUGCAAGAGUAAAAGAGAAAGGUUCGAUAUUAUUGCGUAUAAGAGCGAGUUGGUUAUGCGAUUACAGCGGUUCUAAAAAUGUUCAACCCCCUAAUGUUUACAGAAGGGGAAUGUCGAGGACAAAGAUGGCUGCUACUCUGAAAGAGGGUAGGCGUCGAACACGCACACACUGACACAAACAGUGGGGGACAGCAAACCUGUUACCUAACAUUAGGUGUUCAUUGAUUCGCGGCCGUUUUUAAGAAAACGAGUGUAAGACCGUGUUAAAAAAAAGAAAAAAACGUCGGGAAAAUUAUGGCUACCGAGGAAGUUAGUGGUGGUGAAUGUGGUGAUACCGAUUUAAAGGAAAAUGAUGAAACUCAGACGAGAAGGAGGAAAUUUGUUGAGUGUGCUCAAGAUACUUUCGAGCAAGCAUCGGAAUUAAUAAAACGAAAAAUUCCUUGUGCCAGACACUUUUUGGCACCGAAAAGGCUAUGGCUUAAAAGGGUUUCGACUCCAAAUUGCGAUGUAGUCGUUGUUUUUCCGCCAAACACCGAGGAUUCUUCGUUACUUUGGUUGUUAUCGAAACUUCGCCAAUCACCAGGAUUAACUGUACACGUGAGACAUCACGCUAGUACACAAAGUAGUGCUUUUUAUCUUACAGCACCUUUUAAUAUUUUAUUAAAAGCUGCCGAAGAAUACCAUUUACCGAAAUCGCUGAAAGAUUCUAAAGGAGGAGGAUUGAAAGAAUUUUCCGUUCAGGAUGUACAGCUUUUCGAGGGAUGCGAAAACGAAGAAUUUUUCUUUACAACGCAAGAAAGACAGUGGUUGGUUUUGCGUUUAUUGGAGAGUAUAAGAUCAAAAUGUAACGAUAGUAUCUCAUUAUCUGGGGUUAAUUUAUUAGAAGGACAACCUAUUAUUCCCAAAUGUCUCUCCGCUGGAGUUAUAUCACAAAUCUUUCCAAUACACGACGCGACAGCGCUAGAAAGACUACAAAAUUCAUGGGUUAGAGAUGUAUUUGCACGACAACCUUUAGAUGAAAUCUCAGAAUACUUUGGAGUUAAAAUAGGAAUGUAUUUUGCGUGGUUAGGUCACUACACAACAGCACUGAGUAUUCCAGCGGUCGUUGGAUUUUUAUUUUGGUUAUGUUGUAAUGGAAAACAUCAAACUUUAGAAGACGUCGGUUACGUUCUUUUUUCAGUUUUCAACGUUGUCUGGGCCACCACGUAUCUGCAAGCGUGGAAAAGAUACUCUGCAGAGUUAGCGUUUAGAUGGGGCACACUAGAUCAAAGAGAUGAUCUUUUAGCAGAACCACGUCCGUUAUUUAGGGUAUCCCGACAUGUGGUAUGUUUCCAGGGUCCCUUAGAACCAAGUCCGGUUACGGGAAGAUUGGAACCUUGGCAGCCGACUUGGAAACGACACGUCUAUCGAUAUUUUGUAUCGGUCCCCGUCAUUGCCUUCUGUUUGUGUUCGGUGUUUUUUGUUAUGAUCGUUUCAUUACAAUUUCAAGAUUGGUGGGAUGCUCAAAUACACGUACGAGGUUUCCCAAUUUGGUUAGGAUAUAUUCCCAAGGUGAUGUUGGCCGUUGUAAUCACCUUAAUGGAUGAGGCUUAUUUCAAAAUCGCCUUAUGGUUAAACGAUAAAGAGAAUUACCGUCUUGAAACCAAGUAUGAGAAUCACCUGAUCGGAAAAGUGGCUUUGUUUCAAUUCAUCAACUCGUUCAUGUCCCUCUUCUACAUCGCUUUUUAUCUACAAGAUCAAGCAAGAUUGAAAGAGCAACUUGCCGCUUUAUUAAUUUCACGACAAGUAAUCGGUAAUUUAAAAGAAUCUGCUUUACCAUACAUGUUGGAACAUUUAAAAUUGGCCAAAAUGAGUUUCGAUCUUUGGGGCGCGUUAAGUCCAACGAGUUCAUCCAGACCACCUCCGGGUGAAGUGCAAGAACCGGAAUCUGAUAGUCAUAAAGAUGGUGAUACACCAGAAGGGGUUACAAGUAAACGAAGUAUGAGUCAAGCUGAGUUAGAAAGUUCUUUGUUUAAGUAUGAUGGAACAUUUUCUGAACAUCUCGAAAUGACGAUGCAAUUAGGAUACGUUAUUUUAUUUUCAUCUGCGUUUCCACCGGCUGCUUUAUGCGCAAUGUUUAAUAAUUUUAUUGAGAUAAGAAGCGAUGCUUUUAAAUUGGCUUAUGUUUGUCAGAGGCCGUUUGGACAACGUGUACCAAAUAUUGGAACUUGGCAACAUUGUAUGGAAUACAUGAGUAUAAUGGCAGUUUUAGUAAAUUGUGCAUUAAUAGGCCUCUCAGGCCAAGUACAUCGAAUGUUCCCCGAUAUGACAGCAACACAAACAAUCCUUUUAAUCGUAGCUCUAGAACACAUAAUGCUAUGUAUUCGAUUUAUAAUAACCUGCGCGAUUCCUGAUAUUCCGGGUUGGUUAGCAACGGAAAUGGCCAAGAUUGAAUGGGCUCGACGUGAAGCGAGCCGAGUUGGAGCUACCGGAACUCCGUCUCCCGAUGAAAUCUUACCGACAUCGAAAACAAUCGGGAGAUUUUCCGUUUCGCCAAGUCAUAGUUUAGUGACGAAUAACGAUGGGGCGAAUAAAAAAGAUUCGAAAGAAGACAAAUUGGAUAAAUUAGAGAAACCAUCUAGUAAAGAAGGCAGCAACGAAAUUCUAAAAACAUCGACUAGCGUUACACCGGUUUCAACACCAACUACUCCUCAUUCAUUUAAUUCGCAUCACAAACCCGUUUCAAUCACCCCAGACAGCAUUCAAGCUAUCCCACCGUUUAAACCGAGAAAAUCAAAAGAAUGGACUGAAGAAGGUGGAUAUCAUCUUACGAUUGGCCCAACCGGUGGAGCCGAAUGGUCAAGGAGAUUAAAAGAAGAAGAUAUUCAUCGAAGUAGCGAUUGCAUAGCGAGCAAAGAUUCAUCGAGUUCAGAUUCUGAUUUAUUAAAAAAUAGUCCUAUUUGGCCACCACGACCUCGAACACCACCAGGUAAUAGUAACGUGCUUAUUCCAAAAACUAGUCCAACCCCAAUCGAUGCUUCAUUAAGUGAUAGUGCGAAAAGUAUUUCCAGUCAAGAAGCUGAUGAACAAGCAAAAGCUGAAGAAUUAGCAGCAAAGAAAACACGCGUAAAACAAAGCCUGAUGAAAAGAGCGCGAUCGGUGGCUAUUUUCUCAUUGAAAUUAAAAGAACGGAGAGCACGGGAGGCGGCAGAAAAAGCGAGUAAAUUGGCGGUUACACCAACUGCCCCACUUCCUCCUCCACAAUGUGGUGGUGGAGAAUUAAAUUUAAUACCAAUCGAAAAAUUGAUUCAGUUGGAUGAUUUAAGAAAAAAUCCACCUCAACGAAACAGUCAAAGUGGUACAUUGUAGCAAUUUAUUUGGCGUUAAUUACAAUCGGAUUAAAAAUCCGAUAGAAACGGCACAGGAUAAAAGUGUAAGAGUAAUAUUAAAAUAUACCAUAAACAUUUUACAUAUAGUGAGGAGCAUCGAAAAAAAAAACAUAAUAAGGAGUAUGAUAAGGUACUAAAUAAUAAAAAAGACUAGAUUCAAUAGAACUUAACAAGAGAGAGAAAUAGAUGGUAAAAACAGGAAAGCAUGUAGGUGUAACAUUUUAGGCGGGGGUUUCCCGAAAACUCCUUAGGAAUUACAACAAAACAUACAAAUUAAACAAGGUAAAUUUAGGGUCUUUAAUAUACAGAGUGAUAAUAUAUAUGGUUUACGCUCAAAUCGAUAAGAAUUUAAUUUUGCGUACAAAUAUGUUUCUUUUUAUUAUUAUUUCUUUAGCUUUAACGCAACUAUUCCGGCCUGUAGGUGAUAUUAUUUUAUAAGAUGCUAAAAAUAGAAAAAAAAUAUUAUGCUAGCUUUAAAAACUGGUUUAUAUUUGAAAAAAAUAUAAUCUGGAUUUUUUUUUAAUGAAAAUCAGGUACAAAUAUAGAGGUACUUAUAUCAGAAUAAUAAUAAUAAUGGGAAAUUUAUUUUUUGUAAUAAUAUUUACAGAGCAUU